AAGCUUCAAUGGGCAGCAACUCAGUUCUUGCAAAUGUACCACCCCCAUCUGCCUUACCAUCCUUCGUAGCCUCUCCACGCCCACCUGCUCCUACAGGCCUCCCAUCCAAUGCAAUGCCUAAUCCACUGUCUGGCCCACCUCCUGGACUCACCCCACCUCAGGGCUCCAUGUCUGUUCAACCACCAAGCACAGUACCGUAUUCCUCCAGUAUUACCACGGUGGUAGGGUCAUCCAUGGGUGCACCUAUUCCUUCCCCAGGGAAUGUGCCCCAGUAUCCGGGGGCACCCGGCAGUGGUCCGACUCCACCCCCUGCAGCGGUGCGUGGGCCAUCUCCUCCAAUAUCUGCCUCUAGUGGUUCAGUGCCACCUCCUGGAGGCCCUCAGCUGGCUCCACCCAUAGCAAGUGCAACACCACCUGUUUCAUUCACAUCAUCGAGCUCCAACCCUCCCAUCACCAGUCAGCCAGUGGCUCCUGCUGUCCAAGGUAGUGUAGAUGCUUCUGCUGCAGUUGAUCUUGGUUCACCUGGUGUAGGAGGACCUGCAGGAAGUAAAGGCAGUUGGCUGGGGUGGAUCCGUGGCACUGUGUCCAACGUCGGUCAUCGGGUGGCAGAGAAGGCCAAGAAUUCCAUGGACACCAUGAUCACUACUUUGGACCCACAGAUGAAGGAAUUCAUUCAUUCUGGUGGAGAUAUGGACAUCAUAGUAGCCUCAGACAAGGAAGUGAAAGUAGGAGCAGUGAGAGAGGCCUUCCAACAAAUCUUUGGCAAGGCUACAGUAAGUGGUAUGCCAGCCUCUGUAGAAGGCAUAGCAAAUCAACCAGUUGGAUUUGAAGCUGCCCUCCAAUCUGCCGAGGGGCGAAUUAACUCUCUCAGAUCCUCAGGCAGGGUGCAUCCACAACAGCCUAUUGUUGCUGUAGAGAAUUUUAUUGCUGAAUUCACUCCAGACUGCUGGUAUGAUCUUGGAGUAUUAUUGCUUGAUGAUCCUGGAGAAGAUAUUAUCCUGCAAACCUAUACCCAGGUAACUCCAAUUCCUCCUGGCUUUGUCGAGCAAGCCCGUGCUGCUACUGCAGAUGACUAUCCUUACAAAAACACUGGCUUUUCCACCACCAUUGGACAGAUUGCAAGCCAGAAUCUUCAGGUGCACCACACUCUCUGGCAGGAAAGUUUAAUCGGUGUGCCUAGGAGAGACAUGGUGAUCAUGGCCGCACGUGCUCUUGCAAGCCUUUACAAAGCCCGACUUCCACCAAACCAUUAAUAUAGAACCCAUCGUUAUCAACAUCAGUAGAAGUGGAUGGAGAAAAUUGCUUCAAGAAGCCUUCCUUCUUUUGUUUUGGAUCUUCCCCUCCCCCCAUAGGUUUCAAAUAGGGUACUUAAGUAUGACACUAUUUUGGCACUAGCACAUCUUUGGAAUUACAUUUACAUUUGCACAUUCUACAUGUAUCUUUCAUUGUUCAGUGCUUCUGUAAUUUUUCUUUUCCUUUUCUGAAAUAGUGCCAUCUUGUUGCUAGAUUCUUUAAUAUUGCAAAAAUUGAGUCUUAGUUAUGUUGUAAACAGUUGGUUGAUUCUGUCAUAUGUGCAAUUUUUAUAUGAUAUAGUGUAUAAUCACUGUAUGUAGCUAAAGCAAGGCAUAAUUGUGCUACCAUCAGUAUCUGUAUGCGCCAUGUGCAUAAACUGGGUAUUGGACGUAUUUGUGAAUUUCCAUUACUGCCAAUGAAGACUCAGUUUCCUAUACAAUUGAUAUAAAUAUAUAUUAACAUAUGUUCAGAAAAUGCCAUGAAAUAUGUAAAGGCUGUUGUGACCCUAAUUGUAAAAGAAAUAAUGUGCAUGCAAAUUAGUCCAAUACUUCAUCAAACAAGGGAAUCUUUCCUCAGAAAAUACGAUUGCAUGUUAUAAUUGUUUCUUUUAUAAAUAUAUGUAUUUGGUAUGGAUAGAUUCAAGAGCAGUUUUAUAGUUUCUGGAUAUGAUAUUGUAAUACAUCAGAAAUCAUUUCAGAUUAUUUAGUUAUUUUAAAAUCAUGACCAUUGUUUAGCUUGAGGUUCACUGUUUUGCAAGAAACAUUGAUUGUUCAUGAGCAUUAAGGAUAGAAUUCAAUACAUUUGUAGUUUUUUUCUGGCACUUUAUUUUUUAUUUAUUUAUUUAUUUAUAUUUUUAUUAUUUAUUUAUUUAUUUAUUUUUUCAGUACCUCAGCUUUGCAUAAUUAGUGGGAAGAGAGUAAGAUUUGCACUUUACACCUAUUGGGUGAAAAGCGAGAAUAAAUGUUAAUUGAAAAACUGUAAGGGAAGUGUCAAAAGUAAUUGCACAUGGUUGAGGGUAAUUUUUACUAGCAAGUAAAUGUAAAUGAAACUGUCAAGUAAAAACAGAUACUAAGCAUUGUUUUUUUUAUAGUUAAGACUUAACAUGAAAAGUGCCUUUCUCAGUAUUUAGUAUUUUAAAUAUAAGAUCUGCCAAGUGUAAUAUACAAGUUCUCCAUAGCCGAUAUAUUCUGUACUUCUCUUUUCAUAUCUCCCUCCCUUAGAUAUUCUUUCUAAUAUUAUAUUAGGAGUUGUGUUUACUUGCAAGAUCUUUAAGCAGUCUUAUAUCAUUAUUAGCGAUUUCAUGAAUUGUUGUUCUAAAAACUGAAACAAAACCUCUUUAGAUGCAAAUAGCCCUUUCCUCUGAUAUGAUAAAAACUGUUGAUCUGCUUCCUUUUUCAGUGUAGAAUAUUUGGAGAAAUAAUUUUCAUGUUCAGAUACUUUCCAUUCUUUCUUUGUACAUAUGUUUAUUUUCUGUAUGUAGUGAAAUUUUAAAUAGGUGGCUUACUCUAAAUAUAGAUUAUUUUGACAAACUAUGAAACAGGUUGAUGAGCAAAUCCCUCUAUUUGUAUAAUAUAUCUUCUGGACUGAACUGAUAAUAAGCUAUGCAUCAUUUGCAUAUGGUUUAUGUGCAUUUUACCAUGAUAUUUUAAAAUAUCAAAAAAAUUAUAUAUUAUGGAAAUGCAUGUUGCAGUUUUGCCAGUUAAUUAGUAUUUCAUAUUUAGGUUGUUUUAGAGUUGUUCAUAGCAUCUUUGCAUGUGUGUACACUAACAAACAUUUAUGCCUACUCACACACAAAAAAACAAGAACAUAGAAACAGACAGACAUAAUACAUUUAGUGCUUUUGAGUUCAUGAUACUAUUAAUGCAUACAUACUUUUGAACUUGUAUGCCCAUAUCCAUAAAAAUAAAUAGAAGCAUAUACACAUACAGACAUAACAUACUUUAUUUUUGUGCAUUUUCAAUGUUGGAAGAGAAAACUCAACAUAUCUCUGGUAAUUGGUUAUUUAUUAUGUGGUUCCAUGGAGUCUUAGCUUUAUUAUAUUUUCACAUGAUAAUAAAAAGUAAAAAACUUAAA